GCUGAAGCUGUGGCAGAUCGAACUUUUCCAGGGGAUAACGGCAGUCUGGUGCGAGCUCUGAGCAGGAGUGUAAUGAUUAAAACUGCUCUUCAUGGUGGAAGAUCCAAGCUUCAGUUCAGACGUGCUCGCUUUGUCUGAAGUUGUGGAUGAACAAAAAUACCUCAUUAAGCUUCUUAUGACACCCUGCUGGCAGCAUCAACCGCUCCUUUGCUUCCUCUGUCUCAGAACAUUCACUAAGACAAAGGCCACAUCGAAUCUGGCUCUCUGACAGUAUUGGACCCUUUGGACCAGAUGCACAAGCUGUAUCUUAAUAUAUUGAAGUUGAAGUCACAUUUAGGAGCAGCUGGAUUGAAGAGUGGAGUUUUUCCAUCCCAAUCCAAGAUAAAGACAGAGCAUGUUGUCCUCUAUGCUGCAAAGGAUGGCUGCGGAAGGAGAAUGCAGAUUAAACAUAUAAAUCUGUGUUUUACUGGUGCCUUCUGCUUUGCAAAGCGUUGCUGACCAACAUUUAACAAAUAUUUUGUAAAUUAUGUAAAGCCACCACCUUAAAAACUAGAGUUUUAAACUGAGGAGAAAGCCUUUCUUCCACUGGAAGGAACAACUUGGAGCAAAAUCUAAGUUGAUAUUCAGGAAUCAAUACAAAUCAGACUUCCUGGCAAAAAACAUUCAAAUAUGUUCAAAAAUAAAUUGCUAUAGUUUUGAUCCUGGAAACGCACAUGAUGAAACACCAAGUUGUAGUUUUUGGUUCUGCAACCUUGAGGCACUCUUGGAUUUGACCAUGUUCAGUUCCUCCUGGACGUAAGUCCCUCAAACCAGAGGGCCAACAUGGCAGUCGGGAAGAUAACCUUCACCAAGACUGAAAGGGAAAAACUGGCUGAAGUCCUGUGGCUGCUCAACUGGAUCUCUGUUGUGACUGGAGCCAUUCUCUUCGGACUGGGCUUGUUUCUCAAAAUAGAGAUACAGAAAUGGCAGGAAGUGAUGUCAGAGCAGGGGAUUCUCUAUGUGCCACACAUGCUUAUCACCACAGGUCUGGCAGCCUGUGGCAUCAACUACCUCGGCAGUAAGAUAUGCCUGGACUGCGCUGACACAAACAAGUUCCUACGCUGGAAGCUGGUAAUGAUGCCGUACAUAGUUUGCACCUUCUUCUUUACUGCCUGUGUCCUGGCAGGGGCGCUCAUGUGCUACAGUAUUCGCAGUCAGCUGGAGGAGUCCCUGUACCUGGGUCUGAGGAACACAAUGCGUUUCUACAAGGACACGGACACACCCAGCCGCUGUUACUUGAAGAAAACCCUGGACCUGGUGCAGAUCCAGUUCCAGUGCUGUGGGAACACCAAUUAUCGAGAUUGGUUUCAGAUACAGUGGAUCAGCAGCCGCUACCUUGACAUGACUGACAGUGCUGUGGUGGACCGUGUGAGGAGUAAUGUGGAGGGGAAGUACCUGAUGGACAGCGUUCCCUUCAGCUGCUGCAGCACUUUGUCCUCCCGACCCUGCAUCCAGCACAAUCUCAGCAACCCUGCAGCCCAUGUGCACUACGACGAGCAGAGUCAGCAGCUGAACCUGUGGAGGAGAGGCUGCCAACAAGCCUUGCUGGACCACUACACCGGAAUCAUGCAGUCCAUUGGCCUUACAGUGCUGCUCAUAUGGCUCUUUGAGCUGCUGGUUCUAACUGGAGUUCGGUACCUGCAGACAGCCAUGGAGAACGUUAUCCGGCUCGGUGAUCCAGAGUCAGAGUCAGAGGGCUGGAUUCUGGAGAACAGUCUGGCAGAAACAGCGUGCUACAACUUCAAUAUCAUCAAGAACCUGGGAAAGUGUUACCAGGUGGAUGAUGACCCGAACAUCAACGUCCCAACAACAGCUGCUGACCAGGAGGUUCCGUCCCACCAGGCCCAGGUCAACCUGACCAGCUGACUUCCAGACAUGAUGAUAAACUCUGAACUGAUCUGGAAAACACCAUCAAUAAGUUCUGCCUUCAGGAAAAAAAAAGUUAAAGGAAGUUUUGCCAUCUUAAAAAACUGCAGCAAAACACGAAUGAUUGAUUUUUUUUAAGGUUUCAGGUUUUUGUACUCAGCAACUUAUUCAACUUAAAAAAGAAACAACAGAUUUGAAAAUGUUCAAAAGGCAGAUCAGUUGUGGUCUGUGUGUUUAAAAAGGUAAAAACGUCAACAAACGGUAUAAGAAGGACCUCUCCAGGUACUCCUGCUUCCUUCCACCUACCAGAAACAUGCCUAAGGUGAUCUUUAGACAUGAGAGUGUGUAAGUGCCUGGUUGUGUGUGUCUGUGUUGCCCUGAUGGACAGGCGACCUGUCCAGGACGUGCCACGCCUCCCCACCAACCGCUGGAAUCAACACACCCACCCCUGUGACCCUGCAAGUAAUAAACAGGCUUAGAAAACAGGUGAGAUGGAUGGACUACAGCACCGUCCACACUUAUUGGCUCAUCUGGUGAAAAUGUGUAAAAAUAUUAAAAUCACACAUUAAAAUGUAAUAUGUAGUUUACAGAAAUGUUAUAUUCGGUCUUGAAGGGGACACAUGACGCUUUUAAAUCCUUCAUUUUAACAUUUAAAUCAUCCAGCUGUGGUCUACAUAAAGUGGAACCUCAA